UCAUCCGAAGAAAAACACAGAUUCAUUCAAUUCAUACAUGAUUUGAUUAUUAUCCAUAGAAGAAAUGAAUUAAUUUCUAUUUCUUUCUUGUAUAAAUGAUCUAUAUCUUUAUUGUAUAUGUAUAAAUGUUCAAUUUCAAUGUAAUAUUGGAUAUAUUUUGUUUAAUUAGAAGUUCUAUGUAAAUCAAUGUCAAUAAUGAAAGAUUUUGAAUUAGAUAAAUAUUCAACUGCAUUAGUAUCCCAUCGUAAAUCAUUAAUAAAAUCAGAUUAUAAAACGACUACACAUUGUAAUAAUGAAAAACGUUUAAAUUAUCCAUUUACAGAUUUUGAACAUUGGGAUAAAUUCUCGAAAACAGGUAAUAGUAGUAAUAAUAAUAAUAACAAUAAUAAUGGGGAUUCUAAAUCACUAUCUCAUAUUAAAUUACCAGAACGACAUGUAUUCAAUGCAUCCACAGCAUCAUUAAUUGUACAUGUACCUAGUCUAUCUUAUGUAAGUGAAGAUAUAGAUGAUGAUUUAUCAGAUCAUGAAAUUUCUAAAUUAAAUCUAUAUCUAAAUAAUAAUAAAAAGCAUAACCGAAUUUGUCCAAUAUGUAAUACCAUUUAUAUAGAUUUACAACAACAGUUUGACGAUUUUCAUUUAAAACGAUUCUUUAGUUUAUCUAGUAUGAAUGUAAAUAUGGACGGUACUACUACUACUACUAAUAAUAAUAAUUAUUAUUAUUAUUGUGAUAAUAGUAGUAUAACUAUACCAAGACUAUGGGAUAUACUUGAUAUAUUUUCAACUAAUUCAUCUAAAAAUUUUUGUCCAUUUCAUAAAAGUUUAAGUCUACACUACAGUACAUUUUCAUCUAUUACUCAUAAUAAUAAUAUCAGUUCAACUUUAACCAACUCACUUAGUCUACCAUGUUUAUCUAAUUUUGAUGAACAAUUAACAAUGAUAUCAACAAGAUCUAAUGAAAAUACCAUUUUACAUAGUAACAAUAAUAAUAAUGUAAUAUACAAUAGAAAUAUUAAUAAUACUCCAUCAAUUUCAAUAGAAUAUGCUGAUAAUAUCUCUAUUACUACAAAUAAUUCACAAGAACAAAUAAUCAAUAAUCAAUUAUCUGGUGAAACUAAAAGUAAGUGUGAAUUAUGGUUAAAAACAUGCUAAUGUUUUUUUUUGUUUUUGGUUUUUUUUGGGGGGGGUGUUUUUGUUUGUUUUUUUCUUUAUGCUGAUGUUGACUCGUUUUCAUUUUCUCUUUAUUUUCAAAAUUGAUCAUAAUUAAAAUGAUAAAUGUAAACUAAAUAAACUGAAACACUGAAAAUAAUAAUCAAUAUUCUAUAUGUUAUCCAUUUUUUUUCAUCAAUAUGCUGAACAUUAUUGAAUACAUGAUGACAUAUUGUUUUAUUUGUCCCUUCGCCGCCCCCACUCUCACACUCUCUCUCUCUCUCCCAUACACAUACAUACAUACAUACAUACAUACUUAGUUGAUCUCCUUACAUUUUAUCACUGAGUGUUCUCUCUGUUAAAAAAAUAUUGCUUUUAUUGUGAAUGUUCUAAUUUCUAACGUUAUUGUUACUAAUGUUGUUAUAACGUUGUAGUGAUUGUUAAUGUCAUUCCUUUUAUUUCCCUCUCUCUUUCUCUCUCUUUCGCUAGCUUCCUUGCUCGCUCUGUCUCGCUUUUUGUCUCUUUGUGAAUUUUAAUUCUUGUAAAAGUGAAAAGAAAAGUAUUAAGAAAUCUUCCAUUGAUGAAUGAGUUAUUUGUUGUUGUUUUUCGAUUAUUUUUGGUGUAACAGGCGUUGAAAAUGAUGAUGAUGAUUAUGGUACGGUCUUUAUAAUUCGAAUUAUAAAGUGUAAUAACAAUAAUACUCACAAUUGAUUGAUCAUUGAUUGGUGAUCAAUAUCAUGUGUUUCAGGUCUUUUGACUAACUCAAGUCUCUAACUGUGAAGUUAGGUGACAUAAGAUCGAAUCCGUCAGGGAGUAUUUUUUCCCUUAAGAUUAUAGGUACACCUUGCUGAUGAGUGUCAAAUAAUACAAAACCCGGUUCUAGGGUUACAUGUUGUCUACUUUCGACCAUCAUUUUAUGAUAAUAAUACUGUUUUGUUCAUUUAUAGAAUAAUAAAAGCAAAGUGAUUGAAACAAUUGAAAUUCAUUCAUGAUAUAUUAAUCAUGAUAAAUAUUAUACUGUACAGAUAGUAAUAAUAAUAAUCUCAUUGAUUGCACAGUAAACGUUUCAUCUAUACAAGAACUAGAACCAAAUAUAACAUGGGUUGACGAUCGUUAAUGUAAAUAAAAGGACAAUUAACAUUGAUAUAUUGAAUGUAUUGACCUCAUAAAGUAUCGAAAUCGUGUUAUGUUGCAUAGUUCAAUUACUUAUGUUGAUUAUUCCUUAUAUGUAGUAGUAACAUAUUCACAAGCAAUCCAUUCCUUUUCAUAAAACCAAUUUAUGUAAUUAUACUAAGAAAAUUCAACUAAAUAGAUUUAACGAUAUAGUUAAGGAGUAAUGUAAGUACGGUUGAAACUUUUCUUCAGGAUAAGGAUACCCGUAGAUGAAUACGUUUACCAUUAUUUCUUCUUAUUUAAAUCAUAUGAACCUUAAAGUAAACUUAGAAAUUCAUAAAUUUUGUCGGAACUUUAUACACAGAUUUUUCAGUGGUUGAGAUCAUAAGUCAAUUGAAGUUAGACCUAUACAGAAAACCUGGGGGCACUGAACGGUCAACUCAUUCUAUUGUCGAACCCCUCAACGAUGCGAAUCCACGAUCCCACCUCGAGAGAUUCAAACCCAGGACCUAACGACCUCGCACGCGAACGCUUAAACACUAGACCACUGAGUCGGCCAGUAUCCAAUGGUGUUAAUGUGUAGCUUCAAACAAUCCAAGAAGUGCAUAUUUUUCAAAUCUAUAAUUUUUUCUCUAGCUAGAAACUGAUCAUUUUUAUAACCUAUUUGUGGAUUAGCUAGAAAAAAAUAUCAGCUUUAUAUACUAAAUAUUAUAUUAAGUGUCCUUCAACUCCCUCUCUGAUUACUUCAAUUUGACUGAAUAAACUCAAUUUAAUCUAGAAUAUCUAAUCUCUCAAAUAUUGAUUUCCACAAGUUAUAAUUUCUAAAGAGUUUCUAGUUUCUGAUUGAAAUCAUCAAUCGAUCAAUGUUAGACCAUUAUUUAAAACUUAGAACCACUGGAUGGCUAUUUCGUCCGAUUAUUGCACUCCUUAGUAGUGUUCAUUCAAGAUCCCACACUUAAGAAUCGAAACUAGGACCUUCUAUAUCAGUUUUCUAGCAUUAGAUAAUAUGUGCUAACUGUUGUAUGAUAAUAUUUACCAUAUAAACAUCAACUGUUUUUAUUCCUUCUGAAACGUUUGAUCAAUUUGUAGCCAUAAGUCCUAUAUAUGAUAUCGAACCCGAAAUCUUUAAAUCUUUUGUUAAGAACUAUGCUAUUCAAUCAUUAAAUUAAAAUUGAAUGCUCUAAAUAUUGAACCUUAACCAGGUUAUUAUUCAAAGAAAUCACCAACUAUCAAAUUCAAUGAGCUAUAAUAUCAUUCCCUCAUCGGUUAGUUCGGUAGAAUAUGGGUCCAUUUUGAGAAACUUCCAGAUUAUUUGUAAACUAUUCAUUACUAAAAACAUGUUUAUUAUCCAAUUUUUGGACGAAACGACCAUCCAGUGCUUCCAGGUUUCCCAUAGUGGUCUAGUUUCAAUUGACUCAUGAUCUCAACUUUCAUUACAUAAACUCCAUUCAUUCAAUCAUUCAUUCAUUUAGACUAAGGUAAUGUAAAUUUCAUUGAUCAGAAUAGCAUAUCAUCAUCAGUUUUCUUUUGAUUAAUUAGUCAGAUGAUAUUACAUUGUUUUAUCAUUAUUAUUAAGUAUAGAAUAAAUGAUUCCAUAUAUGAUUUAUACCGCAAAUAUAAUAAUGCAAUAAACAUUACUGUAAUAUGUAACUACUAGAUGUGUAAACAAUUUUUCCUACCGAUAAGUGAUUCUCAAUGGUUGAGAUCAUGAGUCAAUUGAAGCUAGACCACCAUGGAAAACCUGUAAGCACUGGAUGGCCGUUUCAUCCUACCGUAGGACUCCUCAGCAAUGAGUAUCCACGAUCCCGUCUCGCAACAUUCGAACCCAGCACCUAUCAGUCUCAUGCACGAACGCUUAACCAUUAGAUAUAUCAUAUGAAGAAACUAUUUGAUUUAAAACAUAUUUGUCUUGAAACAUUAACACAUUCCUCGCCCCACAUAUAAUCAUCUUAUGUAACUUGAAAUGUUCAGUUGAUAUUGAAUAGUUAUGUACUAUUUGUCUAGUAAGUGUUUUUCUUUUAAUUUCAACAACCUGUUCAGUCUGUGGUGUGCGCUACUGAUGUCGAUAAAUAUAAGUAGUAUGUAGCAUCAAUCGUAACUCAACAUUAAGAAGUUCGAAAAAAAGUGAAAUAGAACAGUGAAUGAUCGCUAUGGAAACAAAGGAACAAUAAAGUCUAAGAUGAUUGACAGACAUUUUACAAAUGAAGUAUUUACUGUAUGGUUCUCAAAUCCUACUAAGAUGUUCUGAAUUUCUGUAUUCAAAUACAUUCGAUUUUCUCGUAUUUGUUUUCUUCUUCACUACAAGCAUACUCAGUUGAUUAGUCUUUUUUUAGAAAAAAAGGGAAGUCUAUUUAAUAGACCAAUCAAACUACAUACCUUAAUAGGAACUAAAACCAAAUUUUUAUGAGCAUUGAUUGAUAGAUGAAGUGUUAAAUAUAAGUAGUUUCGAUCUAUAGACCACAUUCAUUGUAGUAAAAGAUUAAAAAUUAAAUAGGUUGUAUUUAUAAUUUUAUACAUUCAAUGUCCAAUUCUUAUAAUCAUGUUUCAAUGUGUUCUGUUAUGUUUAUGGAUUCGAACUGGAUGUUUAUAAAUUAGUAGUUGACCUACAAUGAAAGCAAGAAGUCAUAUUCAAUCCUUAAUAAAAUUCGUUCUUUUGGCGAACUUAUAUCUUAGUGAUAAUGUUAAAACAAACACGAAUUCAUACUCAUUACCGAAUAUAUUCAUUGAUUGAAUAGACGAUUACACUAACCGUAAUGCCAAACUCAAAUUGACAGACUAUGUAGAAACAAGUUAAUGAAAAUAUAUACACAUAAUAAAUAAAAACUAUUAUAUUAGGUGAAUAACAAUUCAGUACCUCCAAUACUUACUUACUUACGCCUGUUACUCCCAUUGCAACAUAUGCCGCCGACCAGCAUUCUCCAAACCACUCUAACCUCGACCUUCCUUUCUAGUUCUAUCUAAUUUUUGUUUAUUCUUCUCAUGUCUGCUAACAUUUCUCAGCAAAACUUGUUUUUUGGUCAUCAACUUCUCUUUUAUUUAGCCUCGAGGAUUCCAUGUGAGGGCUUGCCUUGUGACACAGUUGGAUGCUCUCCUCAAUGUGUGUCCUAUCCACUUCCAGCGCUUCUUCCUGAUUAAUCCUAUCGCUGAGAUCUGGUUAUUUCUCUCCCACAGUAGGUUGUUGCUGAUAUUGUCUGACCAACGGAUCCGAAGUAUUUUGCGUAGACAACUGUUGAUAAACACUUGUAUCUUUUGGAUGAUGGCUUUCGUAGUUCUCCAGGUUUGUAAAAAUAAUUCAAACCUUUUAGCACCUUCAUGGUAAUAUGACGAAAAAGAAAUCGAAAAUGUUCAUCUAUAUGCAUACCAUUCUAAUAAGAUUACCGUCUAUCAACAGAGACUUAUCAAAUACCAUCUUGAAUAUCAAUACCUUGAUCAAAUUGUCUCACAAAUAUCACUUUAAUAUUUAAUAUUAUUGUAAUUUGAUUGAUAGAAUUCAAUCAGCACUAAGGACUAGACAAGCAUAAAAUUGAUCACUGCUCAAUGAUAAACCAAUUGUAAGAUCUCUCAGUUUUACAAACAAUUUGUCACUACCUGAAUAACUCCAUAGCAACGUCAUGAACUGUGAAGCUGCCUGUGAUUGGUCACAGAAAGUGUUGGUUUCCUCGAGAUUAUAGGAAGCCUUGUUGAAUAGCAUACAAAUUUGUAAUGGAAUAACAAAAUCCAUUUUAAUUUGUAAAUUUUCUUUGGUUUUAGCCGUUUUCUGCUCAAAAUUGAUUUCAAGAAAUCGAAAGUAUGAAAACUUUGUGAUGGUCAGAUGUUGACUUGGGACGGCAGUAUGAUGCUAUUGUGUGCUAAAAAAAUGGAAAAACAUGAUUCUAGAAAACGACUUCUCAGUAGCUAGUCGAGACCGAAGGUCCUGGGUUCGAAUCCUGCUAGCAGGAUUAUGGAUGCGCACUGCUGAGGAGUCCCACACUGGGACAAAACAGUCAUCCAGUUUUCCCAGGUUUUCCACGGUGGUCUAGCUUAAAUUGACUCAUAAACUCAACCAUUAAAAAGAAAACUGUACAUGACAAGUAAAUUAUCUUAAGCUUAUUGUAAGUUACUAUCAAAGAGAGGUUUUGUGGAUAUUAUAGUAAUUUAGUAGUUAAAUUUAUCAAUCAAUUGGAGCUAGACCACCAUGGAAAAUCUAGAAACAUUGGACGAUCGUUUCGUUCAUGAACGCACACUGAGGAGUCCCAUACUAGGACGAAACGGUCAUCUAGUGCUUCUAGGUUUUCCAUUGUGGUUUAGCUUUAAGUGACCCAUGAAUUCAACUAUUAAAUUAAUGCAAGUUAUUCAGUAUUAUGUAUAAUUGUUAUUUGAUACAGAACUAAUAAAAUCAAUUUAUGAAGUAAUGUAAAUUCAUCAAUUGAGAUGACUGGGACAUGUGUUACGUAUGCUCAACCACCGACUGCCAUGACAUGCAAUGUUCAAUGGCGUAGGAGUUGGUUGGAAGAAAGCUAGGGUUGGCCAUACAAAAACAUGACACAAAUCCAUGAAGUCACUGACAAGUUGGCUGAGCCAUUAUCGUAAGUGUAGACUAUCUGGUUAGGAUCGGGGAGAUGAUAGCAACCGAUGGUUAGAGACCCUGAAUGACAUGGCUCAAAAUCGUUUACAAUGGCGCAGGUGCAUCCAUUCUUUGUGUUCUCCCAAAUUCUAAUCUUCUGAAUUCUUCAUGUCCCUUUACUUGUUCUCGUUCCAAAUUCAUUUCAUUGGAUUAUGUUUUUUGAAUAGCAUCUUCAAACCCUAAUGUUUCCGAUUACUGCUUAUACUUUUACUACCUCUACCACAAUGGGAUUUGAAUCGACAACUGCAUUUCUGUGCUAAUGUGGUAUAACAAUUCGAACUGAUGAAGGUAUAUAUAAAGUUCUAAAUUUUUGCUGACUGACUGAAUCAAUUUUCUACUGGUGAAUUGUUCUAUCCUUUGACUAUCUUGUAUUAACGGUCAAGGUGUUCAUAAAUAAUAAUUAUUAGUUCAUCAUGAAUGUACUUUUAAAUCAAUUUAGUUAAUUAAUCCUGUUUAGACACAAACUCACGUAUAAAUAUAAACACUUUUGUUGUUAUAUCCCAAUAAGUAGAAAAAUUUAUAUUUCUGAUGUUUCGUGACCUAAUGUAGGGCACUUCUUCAGAAUAAAUAAAUAACCGAUAUCAAAUUAACACAAGUUUUAAUAGUACAAAGAAAAUAUGCUGAAUUAUUUUCCUUUGUACUAUUUCAAAGUACAUUCAUUCAAUUUCGAUUAUGAAUUCACUCUGAAGAAGUAGCUUAUAUUAAGUCACGAAACAUCAGAAAUACAAUUUAUCCUCUACAUUGAGUGGGAUAUAACAAAGAAUGUUAACAUUCUAUUCGAUGCUCAAUGUAUUGGGAACUAUCUAUUCAAACCUUGACAUUGAUACAUAUAGACACAUUAUUCUUUAUCUGUGAAUAAAUCAACAUAGAAAAAGCCGUUUUUAAAAGUUAACAUGAAACACAUCCAAUCUUAAUAAAUGAGCUCAUGAGUCAAUUGAAGCUAGAUCAACAUGGAAAACCUGGAAACAUUGAAUGGUCUACUCGUCUUAUUGUGGAACUCCUCAGCAGUGCACAUUCACAAUCCCAUCUCUCGAGAUCCGAACACAGGAUAUAUCGGUCUGGCACGUGAUCGCUUAACCUCGAGAUCACUCAUUCGGAUGGCAUCCAAUGGUGUUAAUAUUUAACUUCAAACUAAUCUACGAAAUUCAGUGGCACAUUCAUCAUUGUUAUCAGUAAAUUACUAUCUCACAAGAGACCUGAUUGAACUUAACUUUUCACUGCUUCUCAUUAGAACUCCAAGAAAUACCUAUUGAAGCCAGUUACUAGUGAACAUAUAUUGAUUAAUAUCAAUGUUUUCAGGUUUUCCGUGGUGACUCAUGAUCACAACCAUUGAAAGUACUAUAAUAUCUACAAAAACCCUUAUAAUAUAAAUAGAAUAGUCAAUAGAUAGUACAAAAUUACAAUAACAAUAUCAAUGAUAUAUUCUAUUGAAAUUUCUUCAUUUAAAUAGAGAAAAUCAAUAAUUAGAAAAAAUUUUAGUUGCUGAGUGGAUUGUGUAUAUCACUUGUUUUGUUUUGUUUUGUUUGUUUUGUUUGUUUGUUUGUUUGUUUAAAAUUAGGAAUGUCAUAGAUAUUUUUAAUUUAAAAUUGUUUCUAUCCAGACCCAUAAUUCAUUCUCACAUCUACUUUAAUAUGUCAAUAAAUAGUAUCCAUAUUGAUUUAUUUUAGUAUUAAACAGUAUUAGACUAUGUUAUAAUUUUUAUUUAAAUGAUAUUUAGUUAUGUGUAGUUAUGCUUACCCUAGAAAUACUAAAUUUACUUGAUAUAAUUGUUUAGCAGUUGAAAAAUUCUCAUAGAAUAUUCAAAAAUAAUAAAAAAAAUAUUUAAGCGAACAAUUGUUUUCAAUCACUUUAUCAUCAGGCUCUACAGUUAGUUACAUAAACCUUACCCAGAGGGAUUUAUCCUUACAUAUUCAUGAAGAUGUACUAGGAUGGUUGAGAAAAGGAGUUACUAAAUCGAUUAACAUCAUUAUUCUUUCUCAGUUAGUAGAUAGUGAACAUCAUAUCAAAAUAGAGGAAACUUUCUCUGUUUUAUAUCAAGUUCUAAAAUAUCUACCUUAAAGAGCUAGAUUACGAUUGUUCUACAUAGCCGAAGCCAUCAAGAUCAACUCCAGAAAACCAAACUUAUGUAUCCAAAAAAGGUAUAUCCAGCCUCUAUGUUUACCCUGGCCCGGAUACCUAAACUGAAUAUUAAAAACCUCUUAACCCCUUCUGUUUUUCUAAUUACCUCUAUCUUAAUCUUUGUGGUCGACUGGACUACGAAGACCUUGACAUCUGAGGGAAAACACGGCAUAAGAUGGACCUGCUCAGAACCAAUUAGACAAUUUGGACUUCUGUUGUAUUGGACUUCGCAGAUGACCUAGCCCUCCUAUCCCAUACACAUGAACAAGUGCAGAUAGAGACAGUCAGUGUAGCAGCAGUCUCUGCAUCAGUAGGCCUAAAAAUACACAAGGGAAAUACCAAGGUCCUCAAAUACAACACAGAGAACAGCAAUCCAAUCAUACUUGAUGGAGAAACUCUGGAAGAUGUGGAAUCCUUCAUGAACCUAGGAAACAUCAUCAUCAUCGAUGAACAAGGAGAAUCUGAUGUAGAUGUAAAGGUGAGAAUUGGCAAACCAAGAAUAGCAUUCCUACAAUUGAACAAUAUAUGCAACUCAAAACAACUGUCUGUCAACUAAUAUCAAAGUCACAAUCUUCAAUACGAACGUCGAGACAGUUAGUUCUACUGUAUGGAGCUGAAACUUGGAGAGCUACCACAACCAUCAUAAAUAAGGUACAAGUAUUUAUAAAUUGUUGUCUGCGUAAGAUACUCAGCAUCAAUUACUCGGAUACCAUCAGUAACAGCCUUCUGUGGGAGAGAAUAAAACAGCUUCCAACUGAAGAGGAAAUUAGGAAAAGACAAUGGAAAUAGAUAGGAAAUGCAUUACGCGAAUCAUGAAACUGCAUCACGAGGCAAGCCCCAACUUGGAAUCCUGAAGGGAAGCGGAAAAGUGGAAUGCCAAAGAACACAUUACGUCGGGAAAUCGAAUCAGUUAUGAAAAGGAUGAAUAACAACUGGAAGGAGUUGGAAAGGAUUGCCCAGGACAGGGUUGGAUGGAGAGUGCUGGUGAGCGGCCUAUGCUCUUUCAUGAGGAGUAACAGUUGUACUUAACGUAAGUAAUCUUAAUCUUUACAUCCAUCAUUCCCAAUUCGUUUAUCGUAAUUACCUUGACAACAUAUCCCCUUACAACAUAUUAUAUUCACACAACAAUAUUAUUAUUAUUAUCCCAACUGACAAGAUGACAUUCUCCUACUAUGCAUUUUAUUCACACAAGUUUUUUUUUGCAUUUUCAUUUCCGCUAUAUUACUUACUAUUCUACUGAUUGUCACUCCAAAUUAUUCUGACCUUUAUCAGAAGGGGUUUGUGGAGAUUUUAGAAAUUUCACAGAUUGACCUUUAUUAAAUGACCCUUCUAAUUUGUAAAUAACACAAUUUCGAAUUGUAUCUAUGUCGUAAAAGAUGCAAACAUUUACCAUGUUUUAACAAUAUAACAUUGUCAAAUGCAUUAACAGAUACCUUUGUAAAAUAUUAUAAUUAUGGACUUAUAACUGUAGAGCCUGAUGAAGAAGUUAUUGAAAACUAUUAUUGUUUAUUUGAAUCUUCUCAUUGACGUUUAAGACUGUAAUUGUACAGUCUGUUAAUGGUAUAUCUGAAUACUGUGAGUAUUGCCUUGAUAUUGCCUUAAGUAAUAAGCAUUAUAAGCAAAUAUGUAUAGUGUCCAACAGUGAAAUUCAGGACGCGUGUUUCAUUCUAUUUGGGAAUCGUCAGCUGGAUGUACCUGUAUUUCAGAGUUGAUGUUUAUUACAGGACUCGAACUAAAUAUCGUUCACUCCGAACGCCAUCGUGUUAUCCAUUUGACAAAUAUAGUUUAGAGAACAGGAAUGUAUAAUGAAUGAGUGAGAUAGAAAUAAACUGGAAAGAGUGAACAACAAGUAAAGAUGUGAAUAAUAACGAGUGCCAAAUAGCACGAAACUUGGGUCCAGGGUUUGACUACCUCCAAUCACCAUCUAAUCUCAACAUAGCGCACGCAUUGUCGAGUUACCUAGACUGGUGGCCACAUUGUGACUUGGUUGAUAGCAUUCGAUCUGCACUAAGAAGUACUUGACACAUAUAACAUUGAUCAAAACCCGGUGAUCGAUCAAUUGUGAAAAAUCUUAUCUUUCAUUCAUCACAAAUGCAUAAUUUUAACUUCUAUAUUUUAGCAGUUAUUCUAAAUGAACUGAAAAUUUGAGUUCACUAAAUCUCUGAAAUAAUGUGUCCUACAAAUUAGUAUGAGUUCCCUAUGAUUCGAUAGAUCAGACAUAAAUCAUGUAGUCAAUUAAUGAAGAAUAGUAUUCAAUAAAAGAUACAAAUCGAUUUAAAACAAAACCAAGAUAGAUUUCAUCUAAAUGACUGAAUAAUGAAGACGCCAACAUCUGGGCGAAAGCACGGGAUACAGUGGACAUCUAGGAUGCAGGUGGACGAUCUAGACUUCGCAGAUCAUCCGGCUCUUCUGUCGCACACGCGACAACAAAUGCAGAAGACGACCAGUGUAGCAGCAACCUCAGCACCAGUAGGUCUCAAUAUACACAGACGGAAAAGCAAGAUUAUCCGAUACAACACAACAUGCAUCAAUUCAAUCACACUUGACGGAGAAGAUUUGGAAGAUGCAAAAACCUUUACAUAUCUGGGCAGCAUCAUUGAUGAACACGGUGGAUCUGAUGCAGAUAUGAAGGCGCGGAUCGACAAAGCAAGAGCAGCAUAUCUACCAUCGAAGAACAUCUGGAACUCAAAGCAACUGUCAACCAACACCAAGGUCAGAAUUUUCAAUACAAAUGUCAAGACAGUUUUACUGUAUAGGGCAGAAACCUGGAGAACAAUGAAAGCCAUCAUCCAAAACAUUACAAGUGCUUAUUAACAGUGGUCUACGCAAAAUACUUCGGAUCCGGUGGCCAGACGAUAUCAGCA